AUGAAGUUCCCCGAAUUCAACGACAAGCUCUUCUACGGAGCCGACUACAACCCUGAGCAGUGGCCUCGACAUGUCUGGGACGAAGAUAUCAAGUUGAUGAAGGAGGCUCACGUCAAUGUGGUGUCCUUGGCCAUUUUUUCUUGGGCUGUUCUCGAACCUACCGAAGGUCAAUGGGAGUUUGAAUGGCUGGACGAGAUCAUCGAGCUAUGUCAUAAGAAUGGGAUCGCGGUGGAUCUAGCGACGGCCACCGCUUCACCACCACCUUGGUUGACGACUAAACAUCCAGAGAUUCUCCCUCAGACUGAACAGUUUGGUGUACAAGUCCCCGGAGCCAGACAACAUUGGCGACCUACUUCUCCCAUCUAUCGUCAAUAUGCCGAAAAACUCAUCACGAAGCUCGCUCAACGGUACGGUGAUCACCCAGCCGUGAUCGCCUGGCAUAUCAACAACGAGCUUGGAUGUCACAACUUGCUCGACUUUUCCGACGACGCCGCGAGAGCUUUCAGAAUCUUCUUGAAGAAGAGAUACGGAUCUCUGGGUAAACUCAACGAAGCUUGGGCCACCGCUUUCUGGUCUCAACGAUACAGUACAUUCGAGGAGAUCCUCCCUCCUAGAUCUCCUCAAUCAGCCGCUACAUUUGCAAACCCUACUCAGCAGCUGGAUUGGCGACGAUUCUGUUCGGCCGCUCUGGAAGAUUGGUUGGUGUUCGAGGUGGAGACUAUUCGAAAGCACAGCUCUAGACCUAUCACGACCAAUUUUAUGCUCGCCGGAGCUGCUCACAAGAUGGACUACGCGAAAUGGGCCGAUCAGAUCGAUUUCGUCUCGAACGACCAUUACCGAAUGCAAUCGAUCCCCUACGAACGCGAAGACUUGUCGUUCGCCGCAUCGAUCUCAUCCGGUAUGGCAAAGGGACAACCUUGGUGGCUGAUGGAACACUCCACAUCCGCCGUCAAUUGGCAACAGGUCAACAUUGCCAAGCGACCCGGUGAGAUGGCUAGAGAUUCUCUCACUCAUCUGGCCUACGGUGCCGAUGCCAUCUGUUACUUCCAAUGGCGUCAAUCCAAGGGUGGAGCGGAAAAGUUCCACUCCUCCAUGGUUCCUCAUGCUGGACCUGAUUCAAGACUGUUCAAAGACGUCGUAGCGUUGGGACAACACCUGGUAGAUUUGAAGGAGAUCAGAGGAUCAGAACAUGUCUCGGCCCCGGUCGCCAUCAUCUUGGAUACCGAAGCCUGGAUGGGAAGCUCACUCGACUCUCACCCGUCGUCGCUGAUCGACUACCAGUCCGAAGCGUUCGGUUGGUUCGUCGCCCUGAUGAACCUCGGCAUCCGAGCCGAUGUCCUACCACUCCACAGCGCCGACCUGGCCAAGCACAAAUUCGUCAUUGCACCGAUGUUGUACAGCGUGUCUGACGCCACGAUCGCCAAGGUCGACAAGUACGUUCGACAUGGUGGACACUUCCUCACGACUUACUUUUCGGGUAUCGUCGAUGAGAACGAUCAUGCUCGAUUGGGCGGAUACCCCGGAGCUUGGAGGGAGCUCUUGGGUAUCCGUGUCGAGGAAUUCGCGCCUCUACUCAGGGAUCAAAGUGUCAAACUGGACAAUGGGACCAGAGGGACCUUGUGGACUGAACCUAUCGACCUGAUCGCCAAGGACGUCAGUGUCGUUCAAACCUAUGCCGAGGGAGACUUCAAGGGCAUGCCAGCGAGUACGAUGCGGCCUGUGGACAAGGGCACUGCGAGCUACAUUUCGACCUGUCUGGACGUCGAUGGCAAGACGGGGCUACUGGAUGCACUAUUCCACAAAGUCGACAUCAAAAGCCCACUGCCUUCAAGCCUCCUCGGCAAAAUCGAGCACGUCAUUCGGGCCACGGAGGACAAGUCUUGGACGUUCCUCAUCAACAGGACGGAAGAAGCUAUAGACCUGGGAGAAUUAAAAGGUGAUUUGGUCAUCUCAACCACGGGACACGGACGUCAGCUCGGCCCAAGAGGCGUUGUCGUGUUGCGGGAUCAGUUGUGA